UGCAAUCCGUACACUUCAGCAUAGAGCAUGCCAUGACACUCUACCUGACGCGCCGCUGCAGCCGCUUGUCGAUAGUCUGAGCCCAGAUCUGAGCUACGCGAUCGAGAAAUCCCCCGGAAACACAGGAAGACAAGGGAACUCGCAUGCACUGGUCCCGUACAGCGACCCUUGUGCCCUCCGCAUCCCCAACUCCGCCAUGGACGCCGCAAUGGAGAGGCGCCGAGAGGAGAUUGUGGCCAAAAAGGCGAAGCUGGCGGAGCUGAAGCGCCAGCGCGAGCUCCGCAAGGAAGCAGCGUCCAACCGCACCUCUUUGACCGCAAGUCCCGACCCCAUACACCAGCCGUCGCCUCGGAAGCCCAACGCCGAAGAUAUAGAUCUCAUCCUCAAGAAGAUCAAUGAGGAACGUCCCAGGUCCACCGGGCCAGGCUCGCCGGCCCAGCGAGCGGCUCGCCCUAUUUCCGUCAUCAGCAGCGACAAUGAGGGAUCCACUUCGUACAAGACUACCACGACCAUGGUCGAUCGAGAAAGCCAGACCAUGUCCAUGGCGCCAUUGACGACAGUCUUUGAGUUUGAAGCAGAGACAAAGAAGGAUACCGAGGUCAUCAUGUACAGCAAAGCCGUGCAGACCAGCGACGACUGGUCCCCUCCAAAGUCUCGGGGCGUAGGGCAGAGCGAUUCGGAACCUGAGGGAAGCCCCACCAGAACACCUAGGGCUAGCAAAAGAUUGAGCCGACGGCAGAAGGAGAGGGACGAGGAGAUUCGAGCGAUGCUGAGGAGGGAGAUUGAAGAAGAGCUCAAGGCGGCCCAACAAACCAAUCCGGACGCAGACCCUACUCGAACAUCCGGCAAGGAGAACUUCCCGUUCAAGACGCUGACGGACGAGGAGUUGGCUGCAGUGGAAAGGUCGGAUGAUUUCAUCGGCUUCGUCGAAAGGAGCACAAAGGUGUUAGAGAGGGCUCUGGAUCAGCAAUUGGAGUACGACAUUCUAGCCGACUAUGCCCAAGGAAGGUUGAAUCUAGAUGACGAGGAUGAGGGGCAAGGAUCUCUUGCUGCCAAAAAGGGGAGGAGGGUGAAGGAAAUUGCCCAGUUUUGGGACGACCGCUGGAGCAAAAAGAGGAUGAUCUCAGAUCUGGGCUUCUCUGCUAAGUUUCCCGAACUCGUAUUAGCCUCAUACACGAAGAAUCCGUCGGCUCCUCACGACCCAGACGGACUGAUUCAAGUUUGGAAUCUGCAUAUGCACGACCGCCCCGAAUACAUAUUCCACGCCCAAUCAGACAUACUGACAGCGAAAUUCUCCCCAUUCCAUCCUAAUCUCAUCAUCGGCGGCGCCUACUCGGGCCAGGUACUCCUGUGGGACACUCGAGCAAAGUCAGCGCCGGUACAAAGGACGCCGCUUACUGGCUCUGGCCACACACAUCCCAUCUAUUCCCUUGAUAUCGUUGGUACGCAGAACGCGAACAACAUCAUCUCUUGCUCCACGGACGGUGUCGUCUGCGGUUGGACAGUAGACAUGCUCUCUCAGCCACAGGAGUUCCUCGAACUGACCUCGCCUCCCCCGUCAAAGACAGACGAUAUGGCGCCGACCUGCAUCGCCUUUCCACAAUCCGACCCGACAUAUUUCCUCGCCGGUACGGAAGAAGGAUCUAUCUACCCCUGCCAUCGGUAUGACAGAGCCGGCGCGAAGGCAGGGGUUGACAGUCGGGUGAAGUAUUCGGGCCACGCCGCCCCGGUCAUGUCGUUAGACUUCCAUCCCGCCAAAGGGCAGAUUGACCUCGGGGACCUGGUGCUCUCUUCAAGUGUAGACUGGAGUGUGAAGCUUUGGAAAGUCCGGCCCCCCGCUGCGACGGGAACAUCCAACGCCUUGACAUCGGGUAACCCCCAACUCGUCACACCCAUCCUGGACAUUGCCCGGGAGGAUCUAGUCUACGAUGCUCGCUGGUCUCCGGUAAAGCCGUCGGUCUUUGCGCUGGUCGAUGGGGCGGGCAGCCUCGAAGUCUGGGAUAUCAACGUCGAUGUCGAGGUGCCGGUGCAGAAGGUGACUCCCAGCGAUAACAAACGAGGUGCGUUCGCUAGCAUGCCGAGUGGGCUCGGCUAUAUGAAUAGAAGUUUGAAUAAGCUGGCUUGGGAACGCAACGAAGGGCGCCGUGUCGCUGUCGGGGGUAUGGACGGUGUCGUCACCGUGUUCGAGGUAGGUCACGACUUGGGAGGCCUGGAGACGCGAAGUGAGGAGUGGAGCGGGGUCAAGCGCCUCGUCUCAAGGUUGGAAGCCGUCGGUGAAGCCGGUGGGAAAUAGUAGUCGGUUCACUAAUACCAAGGACGGCGAUGUGUCGAAUACCCAGGAAGAAGAUGUUUGGUGCUCGAUUUGUUACCCCUUAUUGGAAGGGCUUUGGAGUUUUGGAAACAUACCCAACACUGCUUAUAUAUGUCCCUUUUGCCCCCGCGAAGUGGAUUUUCUCUAUGUAUCAUGCUCCCGUUAGAGAUCGUUGAAAGAUGCAGUGUGGAGUCGAGUGAGUGGUUCGGAGGGCGGAUACUUACGUCAAAUACUCCAGUAGACCUCGCACAGCAGCACCUCCAUCUAUGAGGCAAGGGAAGAACCAUAAUUUCCAUUGAGAUUUGAAGCGCUAUACUCUCUUACAGGACGCCUGUAUUUCCUC